AUGAAAGUUCGAGACAGUCCAUUUGAAAUACAAAGACUAAAAAGUCUUUAUUUUGCUAAGGACACUGAAAAGUAUGCAUUGAGUCACUUUAAGCAAACAUUCCUAUGUUGUACGCUUUUACAUUGUAAUUUUCUUCCAAAGGGUUUACCUUUAAGAGGUUUUACUGUAUGUUUUGGGUUUUUAUUGCACCCUUGGGUGCUAUAUUGUGAUCAAUUUGCUGGGGUGGAUGGGUGGGUGGACAUCCUGAUAAAUCUUGUCUACAGGUUUCCAGGCAAACUGUUUGAUCUGAUGCAUUCAUCUUAAAUUUUCAGGGAUGUUUCUCCAUGAAAGUUUAGAACUGAUUAGUUUUUGGGUUGUCUAGGUAAAUGUUAGGAUGGCCAUAUGGAGUGUCCUUCUCAAAAACUAUUUUCCUUUCAAGGGUGCGACUCUGUUCACUCUGUGUCUUGUUUGUCUACAAUUAAGUUAACUAGAAGAGGAAGUAACUAGAAAAUUAGAUGAAGUAAUAUGUAUCUGAUUGUUUAUUCCACGAAACAUUCCCUUGGAUCAAUGUUAGAAACUAUUUUUAUUUCUAAUAUGUAAUAUGUACAUGUACAUAUGUACA